GGGGUCCUUCUUGAACAAGUGUCUCCACGUGAGUGGAGUAUCAACAGCGAGAAAUCUGGCAUGUACAAGUAAAAACGACCGAAUAAAGUAGUAUCUAAAAGCUAUCCUCGUCUUAUAAAGUAGGCUCAUACAAUGGCAACCGUUCGCAAAAAAGUGGACAACCGAAUUAGAGUCCAGAUCGAGAAUGGAGUCGCGUUGCAGCAUCGUUCUAUGUUCGUCGUGGUUGGUGAUCGUGGAAGAGAUCAGGUUGUCAUUCUGCAUCACAUGUUGUCCAAAGCCACCGUCAAAGCUCGCCCAUCAGUUUUGUGGUGCUAUAAAAAGGACCUAGGCUUCAGCAGUAACCGUAAGAAGCGAAUGAGACAGCUGCAAAAGAAGAUCAAAACCGGCACACUGAAUCUAAACCAGGAUGAUCCAUUUGAGCUUUUUGUUGCUGCCACAAACAUCCGCUACUGCUACUACAAUGAGACUCACAAGAUCCUAGGAAACACCUUUGGCAUGUGUAUCUUACAGGACUUUGAGGCUCUAACUCCCAACCUAUUGGCAAGAACAGUAGAAACAGUUGAAGGAGGUGGUAUAAUAGUCAUCUUAUUGAGAACAAUGAACUCUCUGAAACAGCUCUAUACAAUGACUAUGGAUGUGCAUUCACGAUACAGGACUGAGGCUCAUCAGGAUGUGGUGGGUCGAUUUAAUGAAAGGUUCAUCCUAUCCCUUGCAUCUUGCAAAAACUGUGUUGUCAUUGACGACCAACUCAACAUCCUGCCCAUUUCCAGUCAGAUGGCAAAUAUCAAACCGGUGCCCCCCAAAACACAGGAGGAUGAUUUGCCUCCUCAUGAACAAGAGCUGAAAGAUCUGAAAGAGUCUCUUCAAGACACUCAGCCUGUGGGUGUGUUGGUGGACUGCUGCAAGACUAUGGACCAGGCUAAAGCUGUGCUGAGGUUUAUUGAGGCAAUUUCCGAGAAGACCCUGAGAAGCACAGUGGCUCUGACUGCAGCUCGUGGUCGAGGAAAAUCUGCUGCUCUGGGACUGGCUGUCGCUGGGGCAGUGGCUUUUGGCUACUCCAAUAUCUUUGUAACAUCACCAAGCCCUGACAACCUUCACACUAUGUUUGAGUUCAUCUUUAAAGGCUUUGAUUCCCUGCAGUAUCAGGAGCAUCUUGACUAUGAAAUCAUCCAGUCGUUGAAUCCAGAGUUCAAUAAAGCUGUUGUUAGAGUGAACAUCUUCAAAGAGCAUAGGCAGACUAUUCAGUAUAUCCACCCUGGGGAUGCAGUCAAGCUAGGCCAGGCUGAACUACUUGUCAUUGAUGAAGCUGCAGCCAUUCCUCUUCCUUUGGUUAAGAAACUCCUGGGGCCAUAUCUAGUUUUCAUGGCUUCCACAAUCAAUGGGUAUGAAGGAACAGGGCGUUCUCUUUCCCUCAAACUCAUUCAGCAGUUGAGGCAGCAGAGCACAGACAGCCAGCAGAGUCUAUCAGCAGAAAACAAGAAUACAAACACAGCAAGAUUGUCGGCAGCUCGCUCCCUGCAUGAAGUGUCUCUGCAUGAGUCGAUACGGUAUGCUCCAGGGGACGCUGUGGAGAAGUGGCUCAACGAUUUGCUCUGUCUUGACUGUCUCAACAUCCCCAGACUCAUCUCAGGCUGCCCACUCCCUCAGUCAUGUGACCUCUAUUAUGUGAACAGAGACACACUUUUCUGCUAUCACAAAGCAUCUGAGGCUUUUCUGCAAAGGUUAAUGGCUCUAUAUGUAGCGUCACACUACAAGAAUUCUCCAAACGACCUGCAGAUGCUGUCGGAUGCUCCAGCUCAUCACCUCUUCUGCCUUUUGCCACCAGUCCACCCGACACAAAACUCCCUCCCAGAGGUCCUAGCUGUGAUUCAGGUGUGUCUAGAAGGAGAAAUCUCCCGACAGUCCAUCCUCAACAGUCUCUCAAGAGGCAAGAAGGCUUCUGGGGACUUGAUUCCCUGGACAGUUUCAGAGCAGUUUCAAGACAUGGAGUUUGGCAGUCUAUCGGGUGGCAGAGUGGUGCGGAUAGCCGUUAAUCCAGACUACCAAGGGAUGGGAUAUGGCUCCAGAGCUCUCCAACUCCUUCAAAUGUAUUAUGAAGGCAAGUUUCCAACAAUGGACGAGGACACUCAUUCAAACCACAAAGGAAUAACUCCAGUUAGCGGCGAAGCAGUCACUCUACUGGAGGAGGUGAUUACCCCCAGAAAGGAGCUGCCUCCCUUGCUGCUGAAGCUGAGUGAGAGAAGAGCAGAAAGACUGGACUAUCUUGGAGUGUCCUAUGGCCUCACUGCACAACUGCUCAAAUUUUGGAAGAAGGCAGGUUAUACUCCAGUCUAUCUUCGGCAAACUCCUAAUGACCUGACAGGGGAGCACUCUUGUGUAAUGCUGAAGGAGCUGAACACAGAGGAAAUUCCAGAGCCGAGCCACUGGUUGACUGCUUUCUGGAAGGAUUUCCGCCGACGUUUCCUCUCCCUAUUGUCAUACCAGUUCAGCAACUUUCAUCCAAGUCUGGCUCUCAGCAUCCUGCAGAAUAAAAAGGCCAAGGAAGAGACCAACAUACUGGGAAGCUCUGAACUGGGUUUGAUUUUCACUCCUUAUGACUUAAAACGCUUGGAGUUGUAUUCGAGAAGCAUGGUCGACUAUCACCUCAUCAUGGACCUGAUCCCAGCUGUGGCACGCAUGUUUUUCCUCAGGCAACUUGGAGACCCCUCCCUCUCUGCUGCUCAAAGUGCUCUGCUUCUGGGAAUAGGACUACAGCACAAAUCAGUGGAACAGUUGGAAAAGGAAAUAGACCUUCCCAGUUCACAGCUCAUGGGCCUUUUCAAUCGUCUCAUCCGGAAAUUUGUCCAAGUCUUCACACAUAUCCAGGAGAAGGCAAUUGAAGCACAGAUGGCUACUAGUAAGGAUGUCUCAAUGGAGCCUACAGUUUGCAGUCUUAAUGAAGAUCUGAACGAAGCAGCCAAAGAGUUUGAAGAGAGACACAAACAGGAUUUAGAAAAAGUAAAAGACCUGGACCUAGAAGAGUACAGGAUACGAGGGGAUGAUGAGGAAUGGGACCAGGCAUUGAAAAAAGGAGGCGGAGCUGUAGUCAGCAUUAAGAGUGACAAGAAGAGGAAACUAGUCUUAAGCAAUGGAGGCCCCCAGCAUGAAAAAAUUAAGAAAAAUGAGAUGCAUCAUGGAAAGUUCAAGAAAAACAAGGACAAACAUGGCAAAUUUGGGAAAAGGGCGUGAAUAAACUUAUUGGACUUAAUAUUUAUGUCAUAGAAGCAUUUUGGACUGUUAUUCAAAAGUCUAGGGAUGCAAUCCUGUUUGAUUCUCAAUGUGAAAAUCAAAUAUCCUUUAUUUGAUUAUCAGAGUUUUGCAAAAAAAAAACAAAAAAACACUUUUUAUAUUAAAUACUCAAUUU